AACACAGUGGUCGGAACAAGUUUAAUAGCCACGACUUUCUUUGAGACCGCCGCACACGCUUUUGCCCAGGUGCAGGCUUAAGACAACUCUCCCCCUCCACAUUGCUCGCGCUGGGCUUGCAACUCCAAUUUGUUUCCUUUCGUCGCUCUCUACCAAUCUUCCUCUCUUCGUCCCGAGGGACUGACUGUUCACCAUGUCCGGGAGCGACUACAACUACGAUGACCAGGGCCAGUUCUUCCCCUACUUUAUCCUCACAGUCACCACGCUGGUCACGAUUCCUACCACAAUCUCUUUCCUAAGACCGAGUAAAGAGCUCGAGAAUACCGGAACGCGAAUAGACUCCGACUUCACCCCCGAACAUGCCGAUCUUAUCCAGGGUCAACGUAAGAAGCAGAAGCGGCUCGAGAGGCGGAUAAAACGGGGCAUCUUCAUGCUGGCUGGCUGGGCCCUCAACGCUUUCAUGGUGUACCUCAUCAUCGUCACUGCGCGGACUGUACCCAAGAUCUGGGAUCCGUAUGACGUGCUGGGUGUAUCGAGGUCCGCCGACGAAAAGGCGAUUAAGAAGCACUACCGAAGGCUCUCCCUCACGCUGCAUCCCGACAAGGCACGCGAAGAUGCCGCCAAGAACGUCACAUUACAGUCGAUCAACGACCACUGGGUAGACGUCACCAAGGCGUUCAAGGCGCUUACCGACGAGGAGGUUCGCAACAACUACAUCCAGUACGGCCACCCGGACGGCAAGCAGAGUUUCAGCAUCGGCAUCGCCCUACCCAAAUGGAUCGUCGCUGAGGGAACUGGGAAAUACGUUUUGCUCAUUUACGCGCUCGCACUCGGAGUCAUCCUGCCCUACACUGUGGGCAAGUGGUGGUAUGGAACACAGAGGCUGACCAAAGAGAAGGUGCUUGUUGCAAGCGCAGGCAAGAUCUUUCGCGAGUACGACAAUGACCAGGGUGACGCAGGAGUCAUCGGUGCUUUGAGCAGCGGAGAUGAGUUCAACGAGGCUCUUACUGGGCAUAAGGCGGAAAAUGGUCUUUCCAAGCUGGAACAGAAGGUUCUCGCUGGAGACUCUAUCGUGUCGCAAACACUUACCAAGAAAGAUCUCCAAAAACUGACCGACCUGGAAGACAGCAGACGGCGCAAGGUCUUGACACUACUGUGGGCAUACCUUGGCCGCGUCGAACUGGAUGACGAGACACUCAAUGAUGAAAAAUUCGAAAUCGCUCCCAUUGCGCUCAGGCUUAACGAAGCUUAUACCGCUAUCGCACUUGCCUACGGUAGCACUCAAGCUGUUCUCAACGCAUAUCACACCUCACAGAAUCUUAUCCAGGCUCUACGACCAGAUGCUUCGCCUUUGGAGCAGUUGCCGCACUUCAGCCCCUCCGUCGCUAGCGCUGCGGAGGCAGAGCGAUCAAGAACACAUCUUACCAUUCAAGAAUUCAUGCGUAUCCCAGACGGUCAGCGGAAAGCGCGUGUGGUUGCACCUGGCCUCCUAUCUCAAGAGCAGUACAGCACAGCCAUGUCCGUAGCUUCUCGUAUUCCGGUUCUUCACGUAGACAAGGCAUUUUUCAAGGUGGUUGGAGAGCGCUUUGUUACACCGAGCAGCUUGGUGCAAUUUGUGCUCAAAGGUCGUUUCAUCCCCUCGGCCGCCACCAGCCUUCCUGAAGUCAACCCCAAGGACCUGCUCGACAUUGAUCCCGAGGAAGGCGAUAUUGCGGCGAUUACUGGACGAAAGGGUGACCGCUCUGGUGAGACGCCCAUCCAGCCACCUCUCGCACACGCACCAUACUACGCUCGGGACCACGCGCCUAGGUGGCAUGUGUUCCUCGCCGACAGCAAGCAGGGCCGCAUCGCAGUUCCUCCUUUCACGUUUUCCACCUUCGACAAGCCCAUUCUUGAUGAGGCCGGUAACCCGACAUAUAAUGUGCAGACACUGAAGAUGCAAUUUGGAGCCCCGCCCCAAGCCGGUAGCUACACGUUCGUCAUGCACAUGAUUUGCGACAGCUACAUCGGCAUGGAUACCAAGGUGGAAGUAACGCUUGUCGUCGAGGACGCGAGCAAAGCGGAAGAGGUUGACGAAGACGACGAGAUCAGCGAGCCGGAAGAGGAUUCCAUCGCCGGCCAGAUGCGCUCACUCAAGACCGGUGGCGCCCCAACGAAGAAGCGGAGACAGGCCAAUGACGACUCCAGUGACGGAAGUGACACGGAAGGCGACGUUGAGUCUGAGAGCGAGACGGACACUGAUACGGAUUCGGACGAGGAGUAAUUGCUAGAUAUUUGCGCGAAGGGGACGGAGUUUUGGGGUGACUGUACAAUUGACCGACUGACAACGAGUGUCUGUCUAGCAUUUGAUGCAUUUCCAGGCGUUCUGAGGAAUGGCAUCGCUUCUCGCAACUCCGCGGUAAGACUCUAGGCGGGUAUUGAGUAGAGACAUGGGGCACUAUGUGUAGAAGCUUCAUAUCAACCGCUUCUAUCAGUAAUUCGAUGAAAUCCUCUCGUUUGGUCUUGUGCCGCGCAGCACGCGACUACAUGGUUCAUAGAAUCGUGGCCUCGGGCGAUGGUGAGGCCAGAACUGCACCCCUCAUAGCGAAUGUGAUGAAUUAAUCAUGCAUACCUCAGGAA